AUGGUUGCCAUAUACGAGAUGAAUGGGCUUUCUAGCGUCCUUGAUUGGGCGCCUGGUUCGCCAACGAUCAGCAGUCCCCUCGACAACCGUUUUAGCGAUUUCGCAGACCAGCGUGAACCAGGCCUUAGCGAUGGAUUCACCCGGCGACAGCGUCAUCAAGCCCACAUCCAGCACAGUCAACGCCAGCAUGAUACUAACCAUCACCAAGACAGCAGCGAUCAAACACGCCGUGAUCAGAGCGAUAUAGAUCGCACACGCAACGACGAACCACGUAAACGGUCACGCUCACCCAAACCCAGUGAUACCACACCACUGUCAGUUACCCAAGCCCCUGUGUCCGCCACGUCUGCAACAUCCGCAUUAGCAUAUAAGCCAGUUGUCAAGAAGAAGAGCCACACCGUCAAGGAUUGCCCUAACGCCAGGAAGGCUCCUGUUGCCGCACCCGCAACAGCACCUGAGAAAUCAGGAAAGCCUGGCCUCUGA